UGUGUGUAUCCUGAAUGAAAGAGCAAGUGAAGCAUUUCCCUGCAUGUCGUGCUCCUCUCGCUGCUCUGCUUGUGAAAGUGACGAGCAAUCUGACUCGGGGCUCUACAUAGUUGGAGUCACGGUGUGCCACACCAGGAGUGCCUUUGGAGAUGUCCUGGCUGUUUUCCCACUGUGGAGGUCAAUCAAGCAGGAGUUGAUGGAGAGAGUAGAGCAGGACAGGAGGAGGCAAUUUUAAGCUCCUCUGAAUCUUUCAUAAGGUAGCUCGCCUGCAUCAGCUGUGUGGAUGGACUGUUCGAAAGAGUUGGUCUUGGGAUGUCCUUUUAGCAGGAGAUGAGAGUGACGCAGAAACACAGCCAGAACCAACUUAUCAGUCAUUUGAAUUAGGAGGGUGAGAAGCACAGAAUUCUUGUGCACUCCAAGGAGUUAAAUGUGAUCCUGCUUUGUGUAAACUCCUCUCAAGAGCCACAGAUGAAAGGACGACAGUGCAACAGAGAAAGGGAGUGGGCAUAACUGCUGGCUGGCAAAUCCCUAAACCCCUUAAUAACAGCACAGAGGCAAAGCAACCCCAAACAACAUAAGAGGUAUGUGUGUGUGUUUGCCUUUUUUGGUGUGUGCAUAUAUGACUUGGCCUCAUUUUUGCAAGCUCUCUCCAUCUAAUCAAGAGGAAGACUAAACCUGCUUUCUCCAAGCAACUUAUGUGACUGACUUGGGGACUGGAAUUGGUUGAAUUGGAAAAAGCCAUCUAGUCCACAGAGAUGUCUUCAAAUGAGCUGAGUGUUGAGAUGGACUCCUGCAUACGCACAUUCAAGGAGCAUAUGCAUCUAGAACUGGAGCCCCCCAAGGUCCCUGGUGUGGUGGGAGGGAAACGUGGCGCCACAUCACCUAAACUUUCCCCACGGAGCUCUCCGAGGCUCUUCCGCAAGCUGAUGGUCAACAAGAGCAUCAGGCAGAGGCGACGCUUCACUGUAGCACACACCUGCUUUGAUGUGGAAAAUGGCCCCUCCGCCAGCUGCAGUCCGCUGGACCCUCAAGCCUCCCCUGGCUCUGGGCUUGUCCUUCACACCAACUUCCCGGGUCACAACCAGCGCAGGGAGUCCUUUUUGUAUCGUUCUGACAGCGACUAUGAUCUUUCGCCCAAGUCCAUGUCGCGUAACUCCUCCAUUGCCUCUGAGUUACACGGCGACGACCUGAUCGUGACGCCUUUUGCUCAGGUCCUGGCAAGCCUUCGAAGUGUAAGGAACAACUUUACCGUCUUGACCAAUGUCCAGUGUGCCUCCAGCAAGAGGUCUCCUGCAACCACAAAUCAGCCUGCAGUCACCAAAGUGUGCCUCCCAGAUGAGGCGUACCAGAAGCUUGCCAUGGAGACCACGGAGGAGCUGGACUGGUGUCUGGACCAGCUGGAGACAAUCCAGACCUAUCGCUCUGUCAGUGACAUGGCUUCCACUAAGUUUAAGAGAAUGUUGAAUCGGGAGUUGACGCACCUAUCUGAGAUGAGUCGCUCUGGGAAUCAGGUGUCUGAAUUCAUCUCUAACACUUUCCUAGACAAACAGAAUGAGGUGGAGAUACCAUCACCGACAACCAAGACUCGGGAGAAGAAGAAGCAGCACAAACAACAGCUGAUGACACAGAUCAGCGGUGUCAAGAAGAUUUCCCAUGGAUCUUCGCUGUCAAGCAGUAGCAUCUCGCGAUUUGGUGUCAAGACGGAUAAAGAGGAGUUGCUGUCCAAGGAGCUGGAAGACCUAAACAAGUGGGGUCUUAAUAUUUUCACAGUUUCUGAGUACUCAAACAGCCGACCUCUCACCUGCAUCAUGUACGCCAUAUUUCAGGAGCGAGAUCUAUUAAAGACAUUUAAGAUCCCAGUGGACACAUUUGUGGCCUAUAUGAUGACACUGGAAGAUCACUACCAUUCCGAUGUGGCCUACCAUAACAGUCUCCAUGCAGCUGACGUAGCCCAGUCCACGCACAUCCUCCUCUCUACGCCAGCACUUGAUGCUGUCUUCACUGACCUUGAAAUCCUCGCUGCUAUCUUUGCCGCUGCCAUCCACGAUGUUGACCAUCCUGGUGUAUCAAACCAAUUCCUUAUCAAUACAAACUCUGAGCUAGCGCUGAUGUACAAUGACGAGUCGGUGCUGGAAAAUCAUCACUUAGCCGUGGGAUUCAAACUCCUGCAGGAAGACGGCUGCGACAUCUUCCAAAACCUUACAAAGAAGCAGCGACAGUCCCUACGUAAGAUGGUCAUUGACAUGGUUUUAGCUACUGACAUGUCCAAACACAUGAGUCUGUUGGCCGACCUAAAAACAAUGGUGGAAACCAAGAAGGUGACUAGCUCGGGUGUGUUGUUGCUGGACAAUUACACAGACAGAAUACAGGUGCUGCGGAACAUGGUGCACUGUGCUGACCUGAGCAACCCCACCAAGUCCCUUGAGUUGUAUCGUCAGUGGACUGAUCGGAUAAUGGAGGAAUUUUUCCACCAAGGAGACCGGGAGAGGGAACGAGGGAUGGAGAUCAGCCCGAUGUGUGAUAAACACACAGCUUCAGUGGAAAAGAGCCAGGUGGGUUUCAUUGACUACAUUGUCCAUCCUCUGUGGGAAACCUGGGCCGAUCUUGUCCACCCUGAUGCGCAAGAUAUUCUGGACACACUGGAAGACAACAGGAACUGGUACCAGAGCAUGAUCCCCCAAAGCCCUUCCCCACCCUUCUAUGACCAGGGUACUCAUGGACAUGGGGGAGGCACAGGACAGGGAGGGGGAGAGAAAUUUCAAUUUGAGCUGACCCUGGAGGAGGAGGACUUGGAUGGAAUAGAGAAGGAUGGCGACGACGAGGAAGAAGAAGAGGAGGACAGCCUUGGAAAUUCUCGUUCUCCUCCUUUGGACUAUGAAGAGCAUGACGAGGGCGACAUGACGGAGCCCACAUCGACGAUAGAGAUCGUGACGCAUGAGGCCUCGCCGACAGACACAUAGGGAUUCCGUCAGCAGGCUCAAGUGCUGAUUUGUAAGAAUUUUGGAAAGAGAGGGGAGAUCCUCAUGCAGCUGUGCUUUUUAACAAGCCCGCAGAAGUGGCGGCUUAGUUUUGGCCCGCGCAGGGCCGUCUUGCACUUGGGUGUUUGAAGCCAGACACGGACAGAAGGUUUUGGAGACGGGGCUUCAGAGUUCUCAGGAAAUAAUUACUGCAAACGUUUUAGUUACGAGAGAAUGGCGGUGGAAGUUAAAGGACGUAGGCCGGUUUGAGAAAUGUUUCUUUUCUGGACUGGCACUCAAUGAACAUUGACACUACUGAGAGAAUUUUUUUAACUUGAGAUUUUUUUACAGACAUGAUAUAGAAGUAGCAUAGAUUAAGAUCUACUGAUGGAGACACAUUUGUAUAGCAAGGGAAAGUGUUUACUUUUUCCUGUACCAUUUGUCAAAGAACUUUUGUGUGCCUUUUUUACUGAUGUCUUUAUAUAUUUUUUUCUAUUUAUUGAACACUCUAGUACAGUAUGUCUGUGAUUUGUUUUAUCAUUUUUGUAUGUUAAGAAAACAGUCUUCCAUGGAUUGGGCAAUAGAGAAAUAUAAUGUCGACAAACAACCCUCAGAUAAAACUUAGUAGGGAAACAGAAAUGCGCACAUUUUGUCUGAAUUAUUCCUUAGCCUGAGCACAACAUUGUUUUAUGAAAUUUAAACACAGCUAGAUUUGUGGUUCGUGUUUUAUGAUGUCAUUGUUACGGUCACAUUGAAUGAGAUAAACACAUCUUCAUACUCUUUGGAUAUCUAAAGUAAGAAAACAUUUUGGGCUUCCUAACGUUUCAGACCAAAACUGGAAUUUUCAUGCAAAAUGCAUUGGGGUCAUCUAUUCCAUCCUUAUUAAACUUUUUGUUUUGACUUUUACACAUUUUAAAUAUUUCAACACAAGAAUGAUAUUAAAACCAGUCUGACUACACAAUGAAAAUAUAAAACAAAUAUUCUGACAAUUAAUAUUUAUUCGACUCCAUGAGCAAAACAUGGUCACAUUUACCCAACUUACUAGAGGGCAGAAUGCAUAUGGCGGAAAACACUUGAAGUUCUGCUCUGAGAUCCCCAAUUUGGCCAACUUUCAAAAUUGUCUGAUAUGCAUGUGUGAUACAUCAUUGGAAAGCUUAAAAUCUCUAUUUUCUGUGGGAAGAAAAAUUUUGAACCGGAGGGCAUUUUUUCUGGAGGCGAGAGCACGCGAGAGCAGAACGCCAUGACUUUAACGAGAUAUUAUCGCGUACUGACCUUGUUUCGAUCCAAAAACUCCAUGCAGCAUGUAUCGCUGAGUGACAAGACACAGUUGUGAAUGCCCACAGCUGAAUUUUGGGGGGAUUUUAUGGGUGAAACAUAGCAAUAUAACAAGGGUCGCGAUGCAGAAAUCGCAGACAUCAAGGAGUGGUCGAGAUUUUCUUUUUCAUAUAUUUACCCCUUUAAACGUUUUAUUUCAAUUUUUCUUUGUUUGGAUCGAUUAUUUAUCAUCUAACAUAUCGGAGAAAAUGCGACAGUAACAAAAAAAUACAAUUAAGCGAUAGUUAUGAGGUAGAUAUCCGUGACACACCAUUUUUUUCAUUGUGACGUCAUUUGUUUAAUAGUUUAAAAUAUGCGAGUGAGUAAUUUUUUUAAAGUUGUUUUUUUUUUUUUUUUUUUUUUCCAAA